AUGGCUUCGGCCUACACCCUGCUCCAUGGCGCUGCAAACAGCUCCCACUUCACCGUCACCGCCCUGGGCCGCUGGUCCAGCCUGAACAAGCAGCUUCCCGCCGUGGACAAGAUUAAGGCUCUUCACGUCUACGACUUUGACAAUACCUUGUUCAAGACGCCUACCCCAAAUCCCCAAGUCUGGUUUGGAGCGACAUAUGGCAAGCUCUUGAGCCCCCACUUGUUCGUCAAUGGCGGAUGGUGGCACGAUAGCCGUGUCCUUGCCGCUACCGGCCAGGGCCUCGAAAAGGAGGAGCCCCGGGCUUGGGCAGGCUGUUGGAACGAAAAAGUGGUUCAGCUCGUCGAGCUCUCCAUCAAGCAGCCAGACGCCCUAUGCGUGCUCUUGACGGGCCGCGCUGAAAAGGCCUUCACCGACCUCGUAAAGAAGAUGGUCGCCAGCAAGGGUCUCGAAUUCGACAUGGUGUGUCUGAAGCCCCAGGUCAGCCCGACCAACCAACACUUCCAGAACACCAUGCACUUCAAGCAGCUCUUCCUCAACGCCCUCAUGGAGACGUACAAGUACGCGACCGAGAUCAAAAUCUACGAGGACCGCCCCAAGCACACAAGGGGCUUUCGCGAUUUCUUUGCCGAGUAUAAUCGUCGCCAGGCCUUGAAUCCCACCCGAGGACCCCUGGCUGCCGAGGCCUUCCAGGUGGCCGACGACUCGACGAGCCUCGACCCUGUCGUCGAGGUGGCCGUGGUGCGACAAAUGAUGCAGGACCACAACGAGUCUCUGCAAAAGGCUCCUCCCGACUUACGCCAACCCCUGCUCGAGAUCAAAAAGACAGUCUGCUUCACGGGCUACAUGAUCAGCCCCGACGACACCAAGAAGAUUCGCGGCUUCGCUCAUAUCCCGCACGACGCCACAGGCGAUCUGAAGCACUACGCCAACAGCAUCCUCAUCUGUCCUCGCCCGUGUCCUCCCAGCAUUCUGGCCAAGGUCGGCGGGAUGGGAAGCAAGAUGCUCUGGGAGGUGACGGGAACCGGUUCCCUCAACGAAAACCUCUGGGCAGCCCGGGUGCGCCCGGUGCCCUCCACGGCCGUCUAUCAUACGGACAAUCCCAUCCCUCUGGUCGUCCUGUCCAUGCGGAGAGGCGCCAGACCGACGGAUGCCUGCAACAUCACCAACUGGCAACCCUUGCCUCCAAACCAGUCGUUUGUCUUCGAGACAACCGUGGGCGAGAAGUCGUCCCUCCGAGUCGAGCAAGAAGACCCCGGAGAAGACGAGUACGAGAGCCUCUUCGCAAACAAGUCGACCAAGCGCAAGCGUGAAGGGAACGAUGACUGGGCGCCUCGGAACCCGCACGGCUACCACGGUGGUCGGAACGAGACGCGAGGCUUUCACUCUGGCGGCCGCGGAGGGGGCCGGGGACGAGGUGGCGGCAACGCGGGACGCGGCAUGCGCAAUACCUCGCGGGGAGGUGGUAGAGGCGCCCGAGGUCGAGGUGGUUUCCACAGCUACCGCUCCCUCGACGACGUCGAGCCAAGGAACGAGCAAGGCGGUUACGGUCCCCAGGUCGAUUAUGACGAUGCCUACCAGCCGCCGAGCCAUUUCCAGGCUCUGCCCACGGGCCCGAGGGCCCUGCAAGGCCGCGGAGCGCUGCAGCAAGGCCGAGGGGUCGGACAACCCGCUGGGCGGCCCAUGGGUGGCGGUCCAGCCACCGGCAACCCGGACCUGCAGAAUCUCUACUAG